CUGAUUUGGAAAGCGAAAGCAACUCCUCUCUCGCAAAGGGGAGCCAUGGCGGCGGCGACGGGUCCCCUGGAGGAGCUGUGCGAGGAAGCCUCUUGCUCCGUCUGCCUGGACUUCUUCAGGGACCCGGUGACCAUUGCUGGCUGCGGCCACACUUUCUGCCGGGCCUGCCUGACCCACAGCUGGGGGGCCUUGGAGGGGGCAGAGGCUUCGUGCCCUCUUUGCAGAGGACCCGCGCAGGAGGGGACCCUCCGGCCCAACCACCAGCUGGCCAACUUCGUGGAACUAAUCCAGAAACUCCGCCCUUCAGAGGGAAGCAGCAAGAAGCGAAAGAGGGGGGUCUGCGAUCUGCACCAGGAGCCCCUGAGGUUUUUCUGCCAGGAGGACGAAGCCCCCGUCUGCCUGGUCUGCCGGAUAUCGAAGGAGCACAAAGAUCACGAGGUGAUUCCUCUGGAGGAGGCUUUCCAGGAAAAUCGAGCAACGGGGGCCGGUAGAAAAGAGAGGUUUUGCCAGAAGCACCAGGAACCGCUAAAGCUGUUUUGCAAGGAUGACGAAGCCCUCAUCUGUGUGGUCUGUGACCGAUCCAAGGAGCACAGAGAUCACGAGACUCUUCCUCUUGACGAGACCUCCCAAGAGUACAAGGAUCGAUUCUGUGAUUGUCUGGAGAAGCUGAAGGAGGAGAGAGAAAAAAUUCUGGCGUCUAAAGCAGAGGUAGAGAAGGAAAGCCAAGACCUGCUGAAACAAACCACAAAACAGAAACAAGAGAUGGUCACCAAGUUCAGGGAACUGCACACUUUUCUGGAGGAACAAGAGAAACUUCUGCUGGCCCAGAUGGAAGAGGUGGAGAAGGAGGUGGCAAAAAACCGGGAUCA